CGCGUUGGCAAUUUCCUAAACAGUUUACCCACAGAUGGUUUGACGUUCUGGUGGUGUGUGCGUUACAGUGGAUGUAAGUUACAGUUUGCUAGAAGACUUGCCGAGAAAGCCUACAACCGGACCGUCAUUUGACAUGCCCAGGCUGCCCAGCCAUGGAAACAGAGAUGAUCCCCAAAUUCCCUUCAAAGGACGAAGAAAUUAAUUACUGGAAGUUGCUAUCCCUUAAAUACAAGGAAAGCUGCCAUGACGCCCAGGAGGAGCUGCAGGAGUUCCAGGAGGGCAGUAGAGAGCUGGAGGCUGAGCUGGAGGCCCAGCUGGUCCAGGCGGAGCACCGCCUCCGAGACCUGCAGUCGGAGAACCAGAGGCUGAGGAACGAGGUGGACAACCUCAAGGAGAAGCUGGAGCAGCAGUACGCCCAGAACUACAAGCAGGUGUCGGUCCUGGAGGACGACCUGGGCCAGACGCGCAGCAUCAAGGAGCAGCUGCACAAGUACGUGCGGGAGCUGGAGCAGGCCAACGACGACCUGGAGCGGGCCAAGAGGGCCACCAUCGUGUCUCUGGAGGACUUCGAGGGCCGCCUGAACCAGGCCAUCGAGAGGAACGCCUUCCUGGAGAGCGAGCUGGACGAGAAGGAGUCCAUGCUGGUGUCUGUGCAGCGGCUCAAAGACGAAGCACGAGAUCUGAGGCAGGAACUGGCCGUGAGAGAGCGCACCACGGACAGGAUGUCAGCGCCCAGCUCGCCCACCACCGACAUCCACAAGAUGGAGUCGCCCGUGCAAGCCUCCCUCUCGCUCCCCGGCACGCCCGUGGGCCCGAGCCCCCCUUUCGUCAGCCCUCAAGUGUUAACCAACGGCUGUGGCAACACCGCGCUCACGCCCUCUGCUCGGAUAUCGGCGCUCAGCAUUGUGGGCGACCUUCUACGUAAAGUGGGUUCGUUGGAGUCGAAGCUGGCGGCCUGCAGGAACUACGCGAAGGACCAGCAGGCGAGGAAGAGCUACAACCCCACCAGCAACGGGACGCUGCUGAACAGCAACGCCACCAAGUUCCCCCACUCGCUACACACCACCUACCUCGACAAAACGACUGUGAACGGCUUAGAAUCGCUGACGUCCAUGGCUCCUUCCAGAGCGGUGUCUCCGCCUGGCAUGCUGCCACUCAGCGUGUAAGACCCGCCCAGCACCCCCACCACAGCCACGCCCUGGACCGGCUCCAACCUUCCCCCCGCAGAAUGAGAAUAGACGGGACACUUAAGUGUGUGUGUGUGUCUGUGUGUGUGUGUGUGUGUGUGUGGGGGGGGAGCGCGCGCGGACUCUUUUUGAUUGUGCGGUUUAAUCUAAGACACCUUGGAUACACAUGAGUCAAUGCCUCUCUCAGCCAUAGAAGCAUGGCUGAGUAGGUUUGCAAGCUAGUAGUGUGUGUGUGUGUGUGUGUGUGUGUGUGUGUGUGUGUAUUAACCUCUCCGUACACAGGCAUGCGCCCGUCAGCUGGGCUGCACGCUGUCUGCUCUCUCUCUCUCUCGCUCGACCUCUGCUCUGAAGCAGUUCAAUGAUUAACUUGUUCAUUUUGUUCAUCGAGGAACCUCUACACGCGACAAGGAUCUUAAUUGCAGCUCUCCCAAUGUUUUGGUUCCACUUACUUUCACUUUAAUUGCACAGUUUAAACUCAUUUCAAUUUAGAAUGUAUUUAUGAAGGGUUAUGUUCAGAGUUUAUCUUAUAAUAUCUAAGUGAGCGUUGCGAUUUAUUCUUGUCUGUGUUCCCUAACAAGCCAGCCGGUACAUGCGUUAAAUGACCGAACGGUUGGAACUCGUGUAGCGACAGCACGCCCAUGGGUCGUUUCUACUGGAUGGGGCCUGGAUGGUGAUGUUCAGAUAUGUGCUGGUUCUGUAUUAGGAGGGAUCUCUCACAAUGUUUCUUUGCUCAAGUUUUGUUUUCUCUAUGGUUGGCCAUUGACGUUUCAGGGAGCAGUUUUUUGGUUAUGCCGUGUGUCGGUUUGUGGGCCUGCUCACUCUAUUCUGUAAGCCUGACUAACAGGAUUAUGUUAAGCAAGCGUUUAACAUUUCAUUCGUUGUACCGUUUUCUAUACUGUCUUGACAAACCGUAAGUUCACUGUAAUACCUCUCCUGGCUUGUUCCGUUGAUGUUGCCUUCAGUUUACAUCCGCAAGCUAGAUUUAAAUCCUGUUCUCAUUUUCGGAAAAUGCAAAACGUUAAUUUGCCCUUAGCGGAAAGUGAGUGCUAGAAUUUCCACAUUUUGGAACGAAGACUGAAAGGCUCCAGAUGGACCCGUUGGUAUGGCUCCAUGUAAAGACUGCUCACCGGUUGUCUUGGGUUGUCACAUAUGUAUAUACUGACCUUUGCUAUUUAGCUCCUAUUUAUUUCUGUUACUGAAUUGCAUGUUUGAAACAUUUCUUCUGAAUUUAACUUUUUGCACAGUGGUCAGAUGUUAUAUUCUAGGCUUGUUUGUCAAAUGUUUGUCUAAUUUGGUUAAAUAAAGUUUUGAGAACAUACGUUGAUGCAUUAAUGUAUUUUUGGUUGAAUCACUAUUUUUUUUUUAUUGAAAAAGAUGUAACAAAUAUAUCGGGAGUGAAAAAGUGUAGUGAUUAAUUUGGGGAUAUAGAGGUGUCUGUCUUGCUUUUGUAAAUCUUGACAUGUGUUCCUUAAUGACAUUUGAGUGCUAUGGUAAAGUGACUAUACAUAGUAACUCGAUUUAUACAAAACUAUUGGCAGUUGUGGAUAUUCGUAUGGACUUGAUAUUGCUUUUUUUUUACAUGCAUCUUAAGAAGCACUUUUGUGAAUUUCACCAGUGCUCCAUUCUACACCUCCAUUCUAGCGCUCCAGUCAAUCAGACUUUCUGCUUCAUAUCCAGCUUCUUCUCAAUCUCCUCUCGCAAAUUGUUCUUCUUGAUCUUAAAAAAGAAUAAAGAGAAUGAUUCAACCUUCCCAAAACACCACACACAUACACACUAAAUACAUGGUAUUAAAAGACUCCUAAGCAUCUUACCUUUCCAGAGACGGUCAAAGGAAAGCUAUUAACAAACAUCACAUAGUGGGGGAUCUUGAAGUGAGAGAUCUAAAGGGGAAAUAACAUGUUUUAAGAGUUUACUAGUGAAUGGCCAUACCCCAGUUAUCAAGAUGCCACCUACCUGCCCCUUGCAGAAGUCUCUAAUCUCCUCCACACUCGAUGUCUGGCCGUCCUUCAGCUUGAUGCAGGCACACACCUGCUCGCCCAGCCUCUCGUCUUUCACGCCUAUCACCUGGGUAACCAGAGGUAGUGGAUUACAACACCUGGCACGUCGAUCCUGAUACACUAAACACGUAAAUAAUGAAUAAUCGAUUUACAUGUCUGUUAAACUUUCGUGGACGUCACAUUAAUCAUUAACACCUAGAAACUCUUGGAUCGUGAUGCUCAUUGAAGCUUAUCUGAUUCUAGGUCGGGGUGUUGUCUGUGUGUUUGGCGCCCCCUAGCGUCUGAC